AUGAUCAACUCUACUCAGGUUUCAUAUUUCAUACUGACUGCGUACCUUGACUCUGGACCUUUGAAAUAUUUGUAUUUUAUGAUCAUUUUAUCUUUAUACAUGCUGAUAGUUAUUUCCAAUGUGUUUCUCAUUGUGGUUAUCUGUAUGAACAGAAGCUUACAUGAACCUAUGUACCUUUUCCUGUGCAGCCUGUUUGUAAAUGAACUGUAUGGUAGUACAGGGUUGUUUCCAUUCCUUCUGCUUCAGAUCCUCUCUGACAUUCACACUGUUUCUAAAGCUUUUUGUUUCCUGCAGAUCUUCUGUUUGUACUCUUAUGUUAAUGUCGAAUUUUUCAACUUAGCCAUCAUGUCUUAUGACAGAUAUCUUGCUAUCUGUUUUCCUCUGCAAUAUAACACACGUAUGUCACCUCAUAAGACAAGAAUACUUAUUGCUGUAACAUGGCUGUUCUCUUUUCUUGCAAUUAUUGCUUUGCUGUCUUUAAGUGCUCCUUUACAGUUUUGUGGAAACAUUAUUAACAGACUUUACUGUGGAAACUACCCCAUUGUUAAACUGGCAUGCUUCGACACCAGAGUCAAUAACAUCUAUGGACUAAUUUAUACUGUUAUUUCAAUUUGUAUUCCUCUGAUUUUAAUUCUUUACACGUACUUAAAGAUUCUUAGAGUUUGUUUUUCUGGUAGUAAACAGACCAGACAGAAAGCUGUCAGUACCUGCACACCUCACCUUGUUUCCCUGCUCAACUUCUCUUUUGGAUGUUGUUUUCAAAUAUUACAGAGCAGGUUCGAUGUGAGCACAGUACCAAAUGUUCUGCGAGUAUUUAUUUCUUUAUACUUUCUAACAUGCCAGCCACUCUUCACUCCUCUACUGUAUGAGCUGAACAUGUCUCAAAUCCCUCUGAUAUGUAAAUGUCUGUUUUAUGAGGCCUCAGAGGCCCACAUCCACAAGAUCUUCAACUCCCGUCACCAGAGGAAUUCAUCCUUCUUCCUGUGUGAGGACAUGAAAACUGAGUGGACCAUGUUCAGGACCUCAAUUGUGGAAAUGGCUGCCAGUAGUUGUGGCUUAAAGGUUAUCGUUACCUGUCAGGACUGCAAACCGAGAACCCACUGGUGUCGAGCUGAAGGAGGAGGCCCCAUCUGGCUCAAGGGUCUUCUGAAGCAGCAGAAGGGUUCUGACGGGCCAAAAAGGCAGCAACUCGAGUGGUUACUGAAACAAAAACCUGGGGGUGGGAGGAUUUAG